AUGGAGGGUGCGUGUGCGCGAAGGCUCCCAGCCGGAGAUCUGUUCUAUGCGGCGGGGUGUGGAGAUCCGGCCUGGCUGUGUUUAGGUCUGGAGAGAGUGCAGUCACCAGGACAGUGGUGGGACAGACAGGGUCUUACAGUGCUCCACGUGGCUGCUCAGCAUGGUCAGCUAAAUUGUUUGAAGCUGCUUCUGGAAUCCGGUACUGUGGAUGUGAAUGCAAGCGGUCCACGUGGCCAGAGACCAUUGCACAUGGCUCUGAGCCCAAAGAGCAAGCCAAACUCUUACUGCUGCCUCACAUAUCUGCUGGAACAUGGAGCAAAGCCCAAUGUAUCCACAGAUGAAGGACUGACCCCACUGCACAUGGCCGCAGCUCUGGGGCUGAAAGAGUGUGUUGAAGUGCUGGUUAGAGUUGGAGCAGACACUCAUGCACGUGAUAACCGAGGACGCACACCCUUCGAACUCGCUUGCCUGUGGGGUCACAGGAUUGUUGCCAGGAUUCUUAAAAAUGCAAUGUGGCAUAGAGAUAAGAAGAGAGACAUGGAGAAGCGCCAAGAACUACAGAAUCUCAAAAAGAAUAUGAUCAGGAUGCACAGGAAAGCAGAAGAAAUACAGAAGUUAGCCAGAGAGGCCAUUAGCAAGCAGAAAGUGUCCGAGUGGGCUGAGAGGAAGGGUCUCCCUUGUCUCAAGUCUCCUACAGUAGGCUUGUGGACAUUAAGCCAUCACUGUUGCCAUUCUGCCAAGCCUGUCAAGAAACAUAAUGCGACUGUGUCAAAAGGAAUGUGGAACAUCCCACCCAACGUGUCAAGACCUCCUCCAGCAAACAUCAGCAGAUCUAAGAGAUUAUUAAGAAUCGGUGUUCAUCCAGAGGAAGCAGCUAAUGAGCCUGAUCUGCGGCAGAGUGUGACUCUGCAUUGUUUUGGUAAUGGGCAUAUUCAUUACACUACAUCAUGGGAUGAGAUUCCACAUCCGGUGCCUAACCUGCCACUUGAUGUCAUUCAGAAAGGCCUAUUUCCAUCUGCAUUUCCCUCCCGACUUUCUGGUCCAGUUCAGCGUCAGUGUAGCAGUGUGCUGGAUGUGCCCCAUCGGGGAAGAACUCAAAAAACUAAAGCUUCCCCCUGGUCAGAAGUGGCAAUGCAUCUGGCCGAGGACCUCCAACCUGGUCAUUACUGAACUCUACAAAUGGACAGACUGAACUGGGUUGGGGGUCGAGUC